GUCCCUGUCUUUGCAGAAGGCCACAGAUUAUGAGAGGAGGCUUGUGGACACACACUCCUCCCGACACAGGAGUCCCCGGUCCUGGAAAGGCCUCCAACAACCACCCGGCUACUGUGCCUGGAUGUACUACACUGGACUGCGGCCCUGGACCUGGAGCCCAUGGAGGCUGAGCCCAAGGCUGCUCCAGCUGAGGAGCUAGAGCCAACUGCAACUUCAGCAGCUCAGGAGUGGGGGACGGUGCCUGCAGUGACGUCAGCAGGAGACCAGGAGCCAGCAGGUGACCUGGUACCUGCCCCCAGAGAGGCUGAUGCUGUUGAGGAAGAGCAGGCACCUGCCACUGCACCCGCCCCUGCUCCUGCUCCUCCUGUCCCAGCCCCUGCUCCAGACACUCCCCUUUUCCCUGCUGCUGCCCCUGCCAGAGCUGUUCCCACUUCCCCUGCCCCUGCUUGUGCUCCUGUUUUUACCCCUGACCCAGAUCCUCCCAUGAUCCUGCCCCUUCCCCUGCCCCUGUUCCUGCCCCAGACCCAGAUCCUGCCCCAGCUCCUACCCCUUGCUCCUGCCUGCGAUUCUGUUCUUGUCUCUGGCCCAGCUUCUGCCCUGGAUCCUGCACUAGCCACUACUGCUGACCCUGUCCUCCUCCUGUCUCCUGUCCCUGUUCCUGCUCUUGCAUCUCUUCCUGCUCCUGUCCCUGCCCCUAUCCCAACCCCCAUCCCUACUCCUUCUCCUGUGGGGCUCCCAGAGCCACAUUCAGGGCUCACAGCCCUGCAGGGAGAGAUUCCUGUACAAUUACCGUUAGUUCUAGCCCCUGACCUUGAUGCCCUGCCAGAAUGUGUUGUCCCCUCCCCCUAUGUUCUUUCUCUCUGGUACAUAUUAACUGUUACAGUGGCUUUCCAUGUCCUCUAUGCUGUUUAUCAUUUGUUUUAA